AUGAUCAGAAACUUGAAGGUCAAUGAGGAUGCUAGGCAGCAAGAACUCGCGAUAAAGAUCCUAGCCGCCUGCCCUGAGCUCAUUGCUCGAUACUGGUCAUCGCCGAUCAUCGCAUUGGAGCCGCGGCUGUCAUCUAAGUGGAUAGCCGACAUCGCAUUCUACGGCUCGGUUAUUUCUUUGCCUAUUCCAGAGUCAUCACUCCUCCUUCAGGACCAUGACCGUCCUCUGUGCAACCCAGUGCCACCUCCUCUCUUUACCAUCGUUGACAACGUCCUACCUUCGACGAAUAUCAAGACCCGUUUCUCCCGCGGUUUGCAGGCGAACUCGCCACUUGUUCAGCACUGCAGCGCUUUGGCACUUGUGAAAUGUCUUCUGAAGUUCGAAGCCGUGUUGCGUACAUUCGAGCGGGUAGCGAAUUCAUUGGAGGAGGAAGAGGAAGGCCAAUGGAGGAGACGGCUGCACGAGGUGGAAAGGGAAAUCCGUAAGAGGGUGCCGGAUUUUCAGGUGGUCGUGAGUUUCGCUCAGAAGACGUUGAGUGAUGCAGCGACGAGCAGUGGACAGCCAUCGGACCAGAAUUCUAAGGCGAAUCCAAUGAGAGCGACUCUGCUCUCGGAAAGUGCCCAGCGGCUUCUUCGGCUCGACCAUCGCUGCCUCCCUUUCUUGGUAGCAGAGGCCCGUUUUGACGUAGGUAAGCUGCUCACUGGCAUACAGAGCGCUAUGUUGUCAUCCGGAAGCUCGCCUGUAAAUACCGUCGUUGGAAUGGAGGUUCUGCGCCAGCUGCAUGUGUUCAGGUUACUAGACGAGAGCGAUCAAUUCGGUUGGUCAGGACGUGCUAGUGGCUCGCUGCAUACCAAUUUCUGGACGUUGUUGAAGAUCUAUGCGGCCAAUGAGAGCUGUACUAUUCGGGCCGCCAUAGCAACCUUGCUCGAGCGAUCCUUGUCGAAUAGCUCGCUAUUCCAGCACGAUGCGACGAGAUCGCCCUUUGGCUAG